GUGAAAACCUGCCAAACCUGCCAAGACCGGGAAUGGCCCCUUCUCGCCGCCUGCCUGCGCUUAUUCAAGUCCGAGUCGCGCGCAGGAGGCAACCCAAACCAAAAGUUUCCAGGACAUCUGGACAACUUCAUCCUCUUCUCACUCACGGUAGCCGGUCGCCCAUCAUGGCAGAUUACGAAGAGGCCGAUGGCUACUAUGGGGAUGAGGCUGCCGCCGACCAGGACAUCACUUCUGAAGACUGCUGGAAAGUCAUCAGUUCGUUCUUUGACAUUAAGAAACUCGCGUCCAUGCAAAUCGACUCUUUCAACCAUUUCAUGAGAUCCGGGCUACAAGAUUUGGUCAACGAAAAGGGAGGCGUUACGCUCGAUCAUGCGCAAAAUGUUGACGACGAUGAUCCGAAUCCAGUGGUCAUCAAGAGACACGAAGUCAAGUUUGGGAAAGUUACGCUCAGCAAACCCAACAUGGUUGAAGGCGACGGCGUUACUACCGACUGUAUGCCUCACGAAGCCCGACUACGAAGUCUUACCUACGCGAGUCCCGUCUUUGUGAAAAUGACGAAGAAAACAUAUUAUGCAAAAGAGAGACCGUGGGAUGAUGAAGGUGUAGAUCAAGGCGUGAUGAAAGAUGAUGGCACCGAGCUGUUUUGGCGUGAGAGCACAGAACCAGAAGAGGACGAGGGAGUGGAGAAAGAGGUAUACAUAGGGAAGAUACCGAUCAUGGUCAGAAGUAUGACCUGCCAUCUCAUGAGCGACAGAUUUCAAAGCGAUAAAGAUCUGUUCGCUUGGGGAGAAUGUCCGUACGACCAGGGUGGCUACUUCAUCAUCAACGGCAGUGAAAAGGUGCUCAUUGCUCAAGAACGAAGUGCCGGCAAUAUCGUGCAGGUCUUCCAGAAGGCUGCACCGGCUCCAUUCACACAUCUUGCCGAAAUCAGAUCAGUCAUUGACCGUGGCGCUCGGAUGAUGUCCCAAUGCACGGUAAAACUUUUCCGCAGAGUCGAUGGUCCCGAAGGUACCAAGAUCGAUAAUCCCAUCCGAGUCCAGCUACCCUACGUCAAAGCAGACAUACCGCUCGUGAUAGUGUUCCGAGCCUUGGAUAUCGUCUCUGAUGCAGAUAUCUUGGAGAAGAUCUGCUUCGAUCAAAGUGACAAAGAAAUGAUGGAUAUGUUGAUGGGCUCGCUUCAGGAGGGUCAAGCUAUACAGGGCGCUGAUCUCGCAAGAGACUUCAUUGCUCGUCGUGGUAAUGUUCCGACGUUGAAGGCCCAUGAACGACAGAAACAUGCUACGGACAUCCUGCAGAAGGAGUUCCUACCACAUAUCGGACAAGGUCCCGAUGCUACUGCGAGAAAAGCCUUCUUCCUUGGCUACAUGGUCAACCGCCUGUUGAAAUGUGCUCUUGGACGCGCAGAACCAGAUGAUCGAGAUCAUCUUGGCAAGAAGCGAUUGGACCUGGCUGGACCACUAAUGACCAAUCUCUUCCGUCUGCAAUUUGACAAAGCGACCAAGGACUUCUACCGCUACAUGCAGAAGCGCGUCGAAUCAGGCCAGCCCAUCAAUGUGAUGGCCGGAUUCAAGCAUCCGAUCGUCACCAGUGGAUUGAAGUACUCUUUGGCCACUGGUAAUUGGGGUGACCAAAAGAAACUUGACAAGGCCAAAGCUGGCGUGUCUCAAGUGCUCAGUCGUUAUACCUUCGCCUCAACCCUCUCACAUCUUCGUCGAACCAAUGCACCCAUUGGUCGAGAAGGUAAAAUCGCUAAGCCUCGUCAAUUACACAAUACUCACUGGGGUUAUGUAUGUCCGGCUGAAACGCCUGAAGGACAAGCCUGUGGUCUGGUCAAGAAUCUGUCACUAAUGUCCAUGGUUACGAACUCCUACGAAACCGGGCCUCUGGUCAACUACGUCUUAACGAAACAUGUGGAAGCCUUGGAAGACUGGGAGCCUCGCUUAAAUCCUCAAGCUACCAAAGUUUUUGUGGAUGGCGUGUGGUUCGCAGUCGUCCUGCGAGAUCCCAAGCGUCUCGUCGAUGACCUGCGCAAACUCCGAAGGAAAGCUGUUUUCGAUUCUCAGGUCAGUCUGGUCUGGGACAUCCGUGAAAAAGAGUUCAAGAUCUCUGGUGAUUCCGGAAGAAUCGUCCGUCCCUUGUUCGUCGUCGAGACAGAUCGGUCGUCCGAGAAUGUUGGAAACCUCGUCUUGAACAAAGAGCACGUCAACAAGCUCGAUCAAACAGCGUACUUGAAAGAAAGUGGCUUCCAGUUCAACGACGAAGUCAAGCCUUAUGGCUGGCAAGACCUCCUCGAAUCUGGUGUAGUGGAAUAUCUUGACGCUGAAGAAGAAGAGACUGCCAUGUUAGUCAUGACGCCCGAGGCAUUGGCCGACUCGAAAGCGAGAUGGCUAGGUAUGGAGAUCGAGGGCGAGGAAGAUCCGCUCAGCAGGAACGACCCUCUCCUCAAUCCUUUCUCCCAUACCUUCACUCACUGCGAGAUCCAUCCAAGUAUGAUUCUGGGUGUGUGCGCAAGCAUCAUCCCCUUCCCCGACCACAACCAAUCACCACGUAACACUUACCAGUCGGCUAUGGGUAAGCAAGCCAUGGGUGUUUUCCUCACAAACUUCGACCAGCGCAUGGAGACGAUGUCGAACAUUCUUUACUAUCCCCAGAAACCUCUAGCCAGAACAAUGUCUAUGGACUACUUGAAGUUCCGAGAACUUCCAGCCGGACAGAACGCUAUCGUGGCAAUCGCAGUCUACUCGGGUUACAACCAGGAAGAUUCCGUCAUUAUGAACCAGAGUUCGAUCGAUCGUGGUCUUUUCAGGUCGCUGUUCUACCGUGCCUAUCAAGAUCAAGAAAAGAGUGUCGGACACUCAGUCGUCGAACAAUUUGAAAAGCCUUUGAGAUCGGAUACUCUCCGUCUCAAGCAUGGUACAUACGACAAGAUAGACGAUGAUGGUAUCGUCGCUCCUGGAGUCCGUGUCAGUGGUGAAGAUAUUAUCAUGGGCAAGACAGCACCUAUGGCGCCCGACGCCGAAGAGCUUGGCCAAAGACAGAAACAGCACAUCAAGCGCGACGUGUCAACACCACUUCGAUCGACAGAGUCAGGCAUUGUCGAUCAAGUCAUGCUUACUACCACUGCGGAGGGCCACCGCUUUGCCAAGGUCCGAGUGCGAACAACCAAGGUUCCUCAGAUCGGCGACAAAUUCGCAUCCCGGCACGGUCAAAAGGGUACUAUUGGUAUCACAUACCGUCACGAAGACAUGCCUUUCAGCAGAGAAGGUAUCGUACCUGAUCUGAUCAUCAACCCUCACGCCAUUCCCUCUCGAAUGACUAUUGCCCAUUUGAUCGAGUGUCAAUUGUCCAAGGUCGCCACACUCCGUGGUGAUGAAGGCGACGCCACGCCUUUCACUAAGGUCACCGUCACCCAGAUCUCGGACAUCCUCCGCAGAAUGGGCUACCAGUCCCGCGGUUUCGAGGUGAUGUACAACGGCCACACGGGCCGCAAGAUGGUGGCCCAGGUCUUCCUUGGCCCAACGUACUACCAGCGACUGCGGCACAUGGUCGACGACAAGAUCCACUCUCGGGCUCGUGGUCCUACACAGAUUCUCACCCGCCAGCCUGUCGAAGGUCGUGCACGAGACGGUGGUCUACGUUUCGGAGAAAUGGAGCGCGAUUGCAUGAUUGCCCACGGCGCCAGUUCGUUCUUGAAGGAGCGCCUGUUCGAUGUCUCGGAUCCGUUCAGAGUGCAUGUAUGCGACAUCUGCGGGUUGAUGACGGUCAUCGCCAAGCUCAAGAAGAACACUUUUGAGUGCAAGAAUUGCAACAACAAGAACAAGAUCAGUCAGAUCCAUAUCCCCUAUGCGGCCAAGCUUUUGUUCCAAGAGCUUUGGAGCAUGAACAUCGCCGCCCGGCUGUACACCAAGAGAAGUCGUUAGGAACGCGCUCGAGAUGCUGCUGUCGCUGCUGCUGCGGCUGCAAGAGAGGCUCGAGAGGGUAGGGUCAAGAGGGAACGUGAACAACAUGCUGAUGAGGAUGAUUGACCUCUUUACCAUUCCUGGAAGGAAAGGGGAGACAAAAGUUGAUAUCGGUGGGCAUGGCCACAUGGCGAGAGAAAUGCUUUCCCUUCCACUAUUACCAAAACAUCAUCAUGUAUUCCACCUUAAGCGUGCAUUCGCUACCAAUGCGGAGUCAGAAGGGAAAAGGGGCGGGGCUUGGUGUCUGUGAAAGUUUUCAGCGCGUUGUAUUAUAUCCCAGAGCUGCAUUCUUAGAAGAACUUGCAGGACGCUAAGCUAGAGAAAAUGAUUCUUUUAGAGCCGAUGACCUCCAUUCUGACAAAGGCCAAGGCUCUAUCGUUGUGUGCGAAGGACUCCGAGAUGACAAUAAGAAAUAGCACCUAUUUGAACUUGAGAUGCGACACUGGCCAAACAGC